UAGUGGGGGUUGUCCUAAUUAAACCUGGGCCAUGCUUUGAGCUUGUCUGAAGAGCUGUCAUCAGGAACGCUUGCAUCAGAUCUCUGCCCUUUCACCCGACAUAACAUACUGGAUGAAUUUGGCUACAUUUACACACAUUAGCCCACAUUUCUAUGUACGUUCACACAUCUCUAAACAGUCUGUUCAUUCAGUCAGAGCGAGAAUUACAGGAUCUCAUGAAGCUGACAGAUAAGGAAUGAUUAAGGAAGGUGAUAUUUAUGUUUUUUUUCUGUCUUUUUCUUGGACGCUUGCUUUCAAGUGGCUUCAGAGCAAUGGCUAGUUGUGGAAAAUGUGAUGUGCUCUUGCCUAUUUGUAGGCCUGCUAUAAAUAGGUUCUUGCUGGCAACACAUGCUCUUCUGUGAUUGACAAUUUUAGUGCUACUGGGACAUCAGACUCCAAAGAACAAGCAAAGAAACAUGCUAAUGUAGUUCUCCAGUUACUUACAAAGUGGAACUUGCAUUUUGGUUCCAAAAGCCUGGAGACAAACCUCAAAUUUUAUUCUACAGAAAUAUUGAAACCCCACUUAAAGAGGGUUUUUUUUGGACUGUUGAAGUUAUUUGUUUUGGACAAUGACAUCCAGGAGGCCCAUGAUCCGCUCUUACUCUGGAAAUGGGAGAUCGGGAAGCCAAAAUGGGGAGGAUGUUUCAUCGGCAAACGGAAGGUCAGAGAGCCGCAACUACCUCUCCAACGUUAGGCCUGAAAACAGGAGUACAUUAUGUACCGUCAUGGCUCAUUUGACUGAAGAAACCCAGCCAUGUUUUGAAACCACCAUAAAAUCAAAGGCAGUGUCAGAAACGUGCAAUGUCAAAUUCUCUUGUGUGGUCACGGGUUACCCGGCUCCUGAGCUGACCUGGUACAAAGAUGACAUGGAGUUAGAUCGAUAUUGUGGCCUUCCCAAAUAUGAGAUAUUUCGCAAUGAAAAAAUUCACACACUUCAAAUCUACAACUGUACAGAAGAAGAUGCAGCCAUUUAUCAGGCCUCGGCGAGGAACAGUAAGGGCAUCGUCUCCUGUUCCGGGGUACUGGAGGUGGGUACCAUGAGCGAGUACAUGAUCCACCAAAGGUUCUUCGCCAAACUGAAACAGAAGGCUGAGAUCAAGCGGCGAGAACUGGACGAGAGUCGACGUCGGGGUAAAGAGAACAUCCAGAAGGAACAAUUACAUGUGAGUAACCAGGAACGCUUACUAAGGAAGUCAAGGACUCCUGCUGGGAACGAAGCCCUGAGCUCCUCUCCCACAACCCAGGAUGGAGAGGAGAACGUGGCCUCCCAAGGGAUGGAAGAACAGCAACCUGCACUCCCAGAUGAUAAGUCUGAUCACAUUAAGGGGCAGGCAUCUGUAGGAGCCACAGAGAUGAAAGUGGAGGAUGGUAAUGAGAACCUCAACCGUAUCUGCGAUCCAAUGGAGGUGGUCACCACGAAGCAGUCCACCAAAGAGAAACCGGAUGAAAAGAAGCAGCGUAUUACCAAUGGAUUUGAUGAGGUGGGUAGUAUUAAUCACACCCAGAGCAACAGAAAACAAGAGGAUCCUCAUGAAUCCUCAGGAAUGAGCCUGGCAAAAUACUUAUCUGAGUCUGUGAAGUCACAGGCUGCUGAGGAACGUCAGAGUCCUGAGAUCAUGGACGUCAAUGUCAGUCCUGUCCAAGGAGAAAAAGACCUUGAGAAGGAACGAGAAAGAUUAAAAGAAGAGGAGAGGGACCGAUCAAGAGAAAUAGAGCGGGAGAAAGAGCGAGAGAGAGCCAAAGAAAGAAAACGAGAGAAAAUUAGGCAAACAGAACAUGAACAAAGAGCUGCAACCAAAGCCGCAUCACACAAAGAGCCAGAACCUCAACACAAGUCGGCUCUAACCUCGGUUCUUCACUCGUUAAAGGACAUGUUCUUCGGCAAAAGCAAGAAGUCCACAGAGAAAGCAGAAACCACAUGGAGAGCUAGUGAUGUGAUUGUGAACAUCACUCCCUCACAAACACCUCCUCAGGAGGUAACCUUCGAACAGGAGACACCAAAGCUGGUCCAGGAAUCAUCUCAAACGACGGACUUGGAGUCUUUGCAACAAACGCAAGAUUCAACCGCCCCUAAUAAUGUCAUAGACUCUAAUUCAGCUGAAUUCCAUGCAAACAAACCCGAGGAUGUGUCUCCCACUCCUGAAAGACAUCUUGAGAGCAUUGGAGCAACACUUAGACUUUCUGUGGAGGAGCAGAAGGAGAUGCCAAAAGAGGAGAGCAGUCCAGAGGACGUCCUGCAGAUUUCACAUUCUCUGCUUUUCAAGGCUACAGAUGACCAUACUAAACCCAGUGCCACUGAUGUUCCUGCCAAUGUGGACUUGUCCAAUCCUCCAAAUCAGAUGGAAAAGCUGGAAUGUACCUAUCUUGUGGAUGAGGUCAAGGGAGGUGCUGAGGAAAUGCCUAUUUUGGAGGAACAGGGGGGCUCUCCUGCCCCCCUGACAGAACUCAUCAUAGCAGACCUGGAAAGCACGCAGUGUUGUGAGAGCCAGCCAGAGUCUCAGAUUUCACAGCUUGCCGACUUUAUCCCUACCCAUAUGCACACUGAGUCCCAGUCAGCGGAGCUGGGGGGAGAAGAGAGCAAAGAGCCCUGUGAGUCAAAUGAGAAAGUAAUUCCUCAAAUGGAGGAGGAAAGUAAUAUAAAAACGCUAGAGGGAGGUUCACUGACAGAGAAAAAUAAAGAGGAGAUGGAUGGUGCAAAAGAACGGAAAUCUUUCUCAGCAGGGGAAAAAGAGUCGGAGAGUGACUUUGUCAUAAAAGAGUCAGUUCUUCCUGUAGUUGUAGUGAGUGAAAGACAAUUUGAAAUGAAUGAUCAAAUCUCAUUGUCCCCAGCAUCGGAUCUAAGUCAAGAAGGGGAUUCUGUCGCUGUCAUAUCUAAGAGUGCAAUGGAAAUUGAUUUUAUUCCAAAUGAAAAAUCUAUACCAGCACUAAAUGUUAGUUUCACAGAUAAUAAAGAAGUUGCAGCUGACUCUGUUACAGCAAAUGACUUUAAAAUGAAGGAAGAUAAGAAUGAUAAAAGCAUUCCAAGUCAGAGCAAGAGUGCUGAAGACAAGGGAAAAUAUAGUGGUGAAGAUAAGAUAGAGAAGAAAGAGAGGGAGGAUAAGGAAAAAAGCAAUGUUAAUGCUGAAAAACUGAAGGCUGAUUCCAUUCAACCAAAGAAGGAGGAUGUUAAGCAAAACAAGAAUGUUGUUCCAGAGACAGAAGCAUCUAUUGUGACUCCAGAGAUGGAGAUGCCCAAAAGUCCAAGACGAGGUGAGACUGAGGUUACGGAAACUCAAUCGAGGCCAUACAAAGUAGAUAAACCAAAACUCCUAACAAAAACACAUGCCGAGAAACGAUUAUCAGAGAAGGACCAAUCAGCAGUCCAACCAAUUAUAAUACUCCCAGAUACAAGAGAAACCGUUAUCAAAAACGUGGCAAAGAAGAGAUCCAUGCCACUAAUCCCAGAGAUCAAGGUCACAUUGCCAGACAGAGUCAAACGUGAAGAACCUGUCAUUGUGCCUAGAAGUGAAAUGCUGAAAUUAGACCGUGAGAGAGUUAUGCAACCUUUAACACAAGAGGUUGCACAGAUAUUUCGAGAUGAUGCAACAAGAGCAUCAGGUGAAUCAGCUUCCAGUGCCUUGGUUAUUCCAGACCAUUUGGGCGGGACAAGGAACACUCCAUCAUCACCCUUCGGGGAGAGAACACAGGAAGUUAAACCACAAAAUCUAGAUGCAAGAGUUAGAGGUGGAGAAGAACAAGGUAGUAACAACACUGGGCGGGGCAGGGAAGAUGAUAAGACUAUCCCUAUAAUCAACAUAGCAUGUGCUGAUGAUAACGCAACCCAUCUUAAACAAGAGCAAACUCACUCAAAGCCCUCACUUCCUGGUAUAGUAAUCUCACAAGAUAUGACUCAAGAUAUUCCCCCCAUUUCUGUCACAAAUGCAGAAAGACAUAUCGAGACUUUAUUUACACUGCUGAAGACUGAAAGCGACCAACAUGAUCCUGCUCCUACUUCUGAGAAGUCAAGAGAGCAGCUCAUGUCCCAACUGAGUCCUGAUAUGUCUACAAAAACUCCUCCUGGUAUUACUAACCAAGACCCAGACAGAGUUCCUCAACCAAAAGACACAAGAGUAGAGCCUGAAGCUGACAGGCUUCAAAGGGACAAACCUUCCAUCGAGAAACUUAGCCUAACAGCCCCUGUGGGACCUACACUCCCUCCGCUAAGUCCUGCCAGUUUGCGAAGGCUUAUGGCAAAGAAUAAUCCAAACUUAGAGAAUCAGGGGUCUGCCUCAGCUGCAUCAGUAGAUGGAAGUGAGAAGAGAGGAGAAGAGAGUGGAGGAAGCACACCCACAUCCACUCUAUCUUGUGAGAGUAGCCCCAAGAUGAAGCGACGAGACAGUCUCACCCUAAUACCCUCUGCCACCCCUGAGGAGCUGGCUUCUGGUGCUCGCCGCAAAAUCUACCUCGCCAAAACCAAGUCUGAGGAUGAGGGAUCUGACACGCAGGGUAAGAGGGAUAGUCCUUACAUGUCGCCCAGUCAGGCUCGCAGGGCAGCUUUCCUGCAACUUCAGAGUGGUCAGCAAACACCUCCCACAGAAAGACGUUCACCAUUGCUGGCCCGCCGCAAGGCCACACUGGAGGUGCCAAAACCUAAGGAGGAGAUUGCGGAGGUGGCGGACAGCACAAAGACAGAAAGCAAACCUGCAGAAAAGGACAAGUUGGACCCAUUCAAAGCUCCUCAGGUUAUCCGCAAGAUUAGGGGAGAACCCUUCUCAGAUGCCUCCGGCCACUUGAAGCUCUGGUGCCAGUUUUUUAACAUUCUUAGUGAUUCCACCAUCAAGUGGUACAGAGACGAAGAGGAGAUUUUGGAGAUCGAAAGACGUGCUGGGGAUGAGGGUCCAGUGGCACUGGCCAUAGUCCAGGCUUCCAGCAGAGACUGUGGAGUGUACGGUUGCUCAAUCAAGAAUGAAUAUGGGACAGACAUCACUGAUUACUUACUCAGCGCAGACAUACUGGCAGAAUUCCUCUUAAGGGAUGAUUUAGAAGUUGGAGAAGAGAUUGAGAUGACACCAAUGAUGUUCACCAAAGGCCUGGCAGACUCUGGUUACUGGGGCGAGAAAUUCUUUGGUCGCAUCAUGACGGAAGAGGUGCAGAUUGGAGAGGGAUGUGUGCACAAGACCUGCAGGGCAAAGGUCAUCUAUGGUUUGGACCCUGUCUUUGAGUCAGGCACCACGUGCAUCACUAAAGUAAGAAAUCCCAUCGCAUAUGGGGCCAAGGAGGAGAGCAACCUGAUCGAGAGAAAUCUAGAAAUCACCAGACAGGAUUGUAAAAUCCAGAACACCAUUCGGGAGUACUGCAAAAUAUUUGCUGCCGAGGCCAGAGUGAUCGAGAACUUUGGAUUCUCAUUAGAAGUGAUCCCCCUUCAUCUGAUGUAUCGACCCGCCAAUACAGUUCCAUAUGCUUCAGUAGAGACUGAUCUGAAGGGUGUGUUUUUGAAAUACUGCCUGAUGGACCGUACAGGGAGACUGAUCGCCAGAACCACCUCUGAAGUGGAGCAGAAGUGUUGCGCUUUCCAGCAUUGGAUCCAUCAGUGGACCAAUGGAAACAUCCUGGUUACCCGUUUAGAAGGUGUCGAUACGAAGAUCACAAGCAUUGAAAUUGUCACUAAGUCUAAAGGGUAUCAGGGCCUGACCGAUAAAGGAUCUCCAAAGAUAAUCGAGCAGUUCAUUACCCAACAUCAGUGCAACUACUACUGUGGAUUGUUGAGCCUGAGACCAUUAAAGCCAGUGGAUUCCCUCCUGCAGCCUAAGAUAAAGACCUCCAGGAGCCCUCUACUGGCACGGAGAGGUGUUACAGGCUCAUCCAGCCCUCAGCUUCAGAAGAAAGUAAAUAGCCCUCUGUCCACCAGGAAAGGCACGUCAAGCCCCAAAGUGGUUAAAAAGACAAGUGAAUCCGGGGAGAACAAUUCCACUGCCAAACACAAAGCUGUGGAGGUCCCAAAACCUGUCAGGAUGAGGUAGAGAGAAGGACUAGAGCUCUUGAAAACACAAUGCAAAGCUAAAGCAAACUAGGGGAUACUUUUGGGAUUUUCUUACCAAACUUUAGUUUGGAGCCUGUAUAAUUAUCGUUAGCUACUGUUGUACAGGACAAACGGCUUCCUAUAAAUGGAUCCUGUCCAUUGUCUUUGCACAUAGCGUCUAAAAUGCAACAACUAAGGAAGAAAUGGCUAUAUAGAAAAUAUAUGAAAAGUGUUUUCUAAAAGUAAAUUGAUGAAUGACCAGAGGUGCUGUGGCCAUUUUUAAUAUUACUGUGAACUGCUUUGCAGCUAUAAGUCACCAUUUAUACCUCCUGAGAGCACCUUCACUUUAUUUUUAAGAGAUGAAUUGAGGCUAUCUCCUUUCAAGACUAUCACUGGAGAUCGAUGUAAAACCAGGACCGCCUGUAGACGGAUGAACAUUGUUUUCAGAUAGACUCUGGAACUUUAUGAUUUAUUCAAAUGUUCCCAUGUCAAGUUUAUAUGACUGAGGAACCACGAGAGAAGGAGUUUUCUUAAGGAUUCCUCAAACAUCUGUGAUGUAUGUGUCUCAGCUGUGUAGAAAUGCAGCUCUCUGUUGUUUUUUUUAGUCACCGAGAGGCUUUUUAUAGUGGAUUGUUCUGCUUUUAUGAAUAUGGCAAUAAAUAUGCAACACCAGUGCA